AUGUUGAGGCACAAUUACAGGACGUUUCUACAGCCUCUGAGAUGUGCUUCUGUUUGGAUCAAUAGUUCGUAAGUUCAUAUUGAUUUAGGCUGUUUCGAUGUGUUUUAUUUGGUAAAAUGUAAUAAAUUAUUUAAUUUUAGUGCCCAAACAUCUCAGAACAGGGAAGUAGAUGUAGAAAAGGUGUUUUGCAAGACUGAUGUACAAUCCUUGCUGUACGACAUAACCGGACUUGAUAUGGAGAGUAAAGUGUUUAGAGAAAGAACAAUUCCACAACAGCAACGUUCACAAUACCAUCUAAUGACGGACAAUAUGUUGGAAGAGGUAACGGAGAUUGUUUUUUAAUUAUUUUUAUUGUUUUAGACAUUGAAAAAGUUCGAAGAAAGAGGCAAGAAGUUUCUACAACUGGUUCCUUUCAAAGAACCUCGAGCUCGAGAGUUCCAAGUGUUGUCCAAAGAUCCUGAACUUGUUGGCUUCGACCAGUCGAAAUACGUGUUUACGGACAUUACUUUCGAUGCAACGAAUAGGGUAAGGUUUUAUGAUUUUAAAAAAACUGUUUAAUUGAGUUUUUAAACUGAUUUACAUUAAAAUUAUACUAUUUUUGGUUGGAAAUUGAAGAAUAACCUGUUAUUUUUUAGUUUUUUGUUUAAUUUAUGAAAAUAAUAGUACGAUACAUAAGUAAAAGUGUCAAUUUGUCUUUUUACUAUCAUAUUUUUUGAUUUUAGGACCGUCUUGUGGUUAUCAGAGAGACUGAUGGUACCUUAAGAACAGCAUUGCCCGAUGAACAUGAUAGGAUGAACAGAGUAUAUUACGAACAGCCAGACCGACCAGUCAUUCCACCAAAAGUGUUUUCAGACCCUCAAUUAUCAGUGAGUUAUAUUUUUGUGUACAAUACAAACUUAUGUAUAACGCAACUGUUUGAAGUUUGUAGGUAAUAUUAAAUAUUAUCGUGUUGACCUAUUGAUUCGUACUGUUUUGUAACUGUUUAAGGAAGCUUUGGCUAAAAACAAACACGAAUUCAUCAUGGAUUGGGCAUGUUACUUCUUUGAGCCGGAUUGUCCUGACUUUGUUGAGGUAAGUAUACAGUAAUUGUGAUUAUUAAUAAGGUAUACCUUCAUUUUUAUAGCGUAAUAAAAAUUAGGAUUAAAAUUAUUAAUUAAAUUGUUUUAGCUAUCAAAGAAAGUGUUCAAUGAUGCCAUCGAAAAGAAAAAGUUCCAAUUGUUGUAUUCAACCAGACAUUUUGGUACACUAGUGUACUACAGCUUGUUGAACAACAAUAUCGCUCCACUGUUGGAAUACUUUGGCACGAAAUCGGAUCUACAAAGCGCUGCCCGUGUUGUAUGCUUGUAUAAGACAAUGUACCCAGACUGGAGAACGGCUAUAUCGUCAGAAGAUACUCCUCAUCGUAUCUUGCAAGAUUACCUAAAACAAAAUAAGCCUGUCAUCAAGCGGAUACCAUCACUGGUCGCCGCAUUGGAAGGAAAAUCAAAGAAAGAAUCAUAG